GAAGCAAAAGUAUGGAGUCUCCAAGCAACAUGGACUGUCCCCCUCCACUCUGCGCAAAUGGUUGCGGUUUCUUUGGGACUUCGGCAAACAAGAAUAUGUGCUCAAAGUGCUACACGAAGUAUCUGAAAGAAAAGCUUCUUGCUAAGCCUACUGCAGCGCGGGCUGUGGUGGUGGCUUCAGUGGAGAAAACCCUAGACGUCGCUGUUUCUGCUAGCGAGUCGUCUUCAAGUACUGCAACUAAUGAUCAGCGCACUUGUGGUGUGACAAAGAAUAGGUGCCAGAGCUGCGAUUGCAACAAGAAACUUAAGCCGGUGCAAAUGACGUUAAAGUGCCGCCGUGGUGGAGUGCUUUGUGCAGAGCAUAGGUUGGCUGAAUCCCACACAUGUAGUGUGAAUUACAAGAAGGCUGGACAAGAGCUUUUGACCAAGCAAAACCCAGUUUGCAAGGGUGACAAGUUAGAAUCGAGGGUUUAG